CUGGUAAGAAGAAUGGAAAUCAAGGCGAAUUCUGGUGAUACCGCAGUCGAAAUGCCAGAAGAUUUAACCAUGCCGUCAAAACAGUCUAUUAAAACUAAGGCAAAAGCCCAACAUAUAAAGGCGUCGCAUCCACCGACCUCUGAAAUGGUCAACUCCGCCAUUAAAGAACUGAAAGAUCGCAAAGGAUCAUCUAUGCAAGCGAUCAAGAAAUAUAUUGCUACAACAUAUAACGUGGACGCAGAGAAAUUUGCUCCAUUCAUAAAACGGUAUUUGAAAUUUGCUUUAACAUCCGGAGCUGUAGUCCAAACGAAGGGUAAAGGAGUUUCAGGCUCUUUCAAACUUCCCCUUGGAAAACAUUCCGACAAUUCUAAGUUAAGGAAGAUGUUGCAAGCACCAAAGAAAAAUGAUUCGAAGAAAGUACAGCUAGUUGAGAAAAAGAUUGUAGCCAAGAAAGUUGUUGCAGCUAAAAAGACAGCAUUGUCGAAGAAAGCUGAAGUGGAGGAGAAACCAGCAGUAAUAAAGAAAAACGUAGUAAAAGCAGCUGUUGCCAAAAAACCUAAAGCUGUUCUUAAAUCUAUGUCGAAAGCUAAGAAGACCACUAAAGCUCCAGCAGCAAAGACCAGGGUUCCCAAACCCAAGAAAACUGCAACACCAAAAGCAUUAAAAUCAGCCAAAAAAUAAUCUGUUUUUAAAUAAGAACAUCCAAUCAUAUCAAAACGGCCCUUUUCAGGGCCACGGAAUAUUUAAUACGCGGAAUUGCUCUUGUUCUGUAUUUGUAUUUAAUAAAUAAAAACAAUUCCUUAAAUAUGCGCACUGAAAA